UAAUUAAUCAAGCUAAUAAUAACACAAACCAUGGCAAACAGUAGUUCCAACAAAUCAACAGAACGGAGAACAUCAGUUUUGCCUAUAGAAAAAACAUGCAUAACUUCUCAGGAGAAGUCAACACCUUUACCGGAUAGAGACAAUCUCCAGACAAUAAAUGAAAACACAGUUGAAAAAAAUACAACCAAAGUCUCAAAUGAGAAACAGUUUUCAUAUUUUCAAUUAUUUAAGUAUUCCACGACUUUCGAACGUUUCUUGGUAGCUGCCGGCAUAAUAUUCGCUUCGUUAGCUUCAGUAUGCAUAACAUAUUCUAUAAUAAUAUAUGCAGAAUUUGCAUCAUUACUAAUAGAUCGUUCAGUCGGAAUUGGUACUUCCUCGCCUGCCACGAUUUUGCAGCUUUUUGGAGGCGGUACUAAACUAACAAACACCUCUAGAGAAGAAAAUCUACAGGCUAUUAGAGAUGAUGCUUUAACAAAUACUGUAAGUCUUGAAUUGAGAAUAAAACUGGGGUAG